AAUCCCAUUUGCUUUGAGUCCCCAUUAGAUCCUGCUCAUGAAGAUAGUUUUCUGCUUUAGUAAAAUAAUAAAUGAGUUUUAAGUAAUUAAUUUUUUAAUUAAAAAAAUUCAUUUGUUGUUUCAUGUGGCUUGGGUUUUUCCUUUAUAAACUUAUUUGAAGCACUAUAAAAUAACUUUUGGAUUGCAUUUAUAAAAAGAACAACUCUCUCUCUCUCUCUCUCUCUCUCUCUCUCUCUCCCCCUUCUUAUAUGUAGUCUUGUCUUGAUAACACUCAGCAUUCAGGAGAAGAUCAGAUGCAAGGCGGUUAAAAACCCAUAAAGUCCCAUCGUUCUGUCAAUCCCAUCAAUCAAUCAAAUCAAAGAAAAACCCAACAAUUGCAGAGAGAAAGUGAAGAAUCAAAAAGCAUAUCAUCAUCAUCCUCAAAUCAUCAUGUCCUCCUCCUCAAAUUCCUUUUCACCGGACCACCACCAAACCCAAUCCCCAUCCCAGGCCCAACCCCUCCUCUCUCCCUCCUCCGACCAGCUCUGUUACGUCCAUUGCAACUUCUGCGACACUGUCCUCGCGGUGAGUGUCCCUUGCUCAAGCUUGUUCAAAACGGUGACGGUUCGAUGCGGCCAUUGCACCAAUCUAUUGUCUGUGAACAUGCGUGGCCUCCUCCUUCCUCCAGCUAAUCAGCUCCAUCUCGGCCACUCAUUCUUUUCCCCUCAGAAUCUUCUGGAGGAGAUCAGAAGCUCGUCCCCAAACUUGUUGAUCAAUCAGCCCAGCCCGAACGAAUCGUUCACCCCGGUUCGAGGAUUUGAUGAGCUUCCUAAGCCCCCGGCGGCUAACCGACCUCCGGAGAAGAGACAGAGAGUCCCAUCUGCUUACAACCGCUUCAUCAAGGACGAGAUCCAACGCAUCAAGGCUGGAAAUCCCGAUAUAAGCCACAGGGAGGCCUUCAGUGCCGCUGCAAAGAAUUGGGCCCACUUCCCACACAUUCAUUUCGGACUCUUGCCUGAUCAUCAACCCGUGAAGAAAGCCAACGUGCGCCAGCAGGAAGGAGAUGAAGUGAUGAUGAAAGAUGGGUUUCUUGGUCCAGCCAAUGUGGGUGUGUCACCCUACUAGCUCUCUAAUUAAACAACAAGCUAGGGUGAAAUGAAAAUGAAGAGCUGAUGUUGUUGCUGCUUCAAUGCUAGGGUUUCUUAAUUUGGUGUUAUUAUGUUUUAUUUAAGUAUUCUCCCUCAUCUAAGUAUGGUCAUUAGGGUUGAUGUUCUUGUCUACUUAUGUUGGAGACUAUUUUAAUCAUGGGGUACUUGUGACACUUUGCAUGGGUUAACUAAUGUUAAUGGUGGGAUUGGGGAGAGGAUUUAAUCCUUUAUGAAGUCUAAAAUCUGACUUCCUAAAAAUCUCUCUCUCUCUCUCUCUCUCUCUCUCUCUCUCUCCUGAAUCUUUUUCC